GAUGGUUUUGACAACUCGACCAUCGUUUACAAUAUUUUGAUAAAAUUUAUUUUCAAUUUCAAUUCAAUAUCUAGAAAUUUGGUGACUUUUUUAAACAUUUGAUUGAUAAUAAUAUAAUACCGUUCAUUAAUGACAUCCAUUUAUUAUGUGCUCUUUUUUCUUUCAUAAAAUGAAAAGCUAUGAAUAACAUUUUACCUUAAAUUCCAAGCAGCUUUCACCAUUAGCCUACCAGUUAUCAUGAAGACUUAUUACCUGGUGAUACUAAUUAUAAGCAUAUCAGAAUUAGUAAAGUCCCAAUCGUUAUCAGAUGAUAAACGCUGUAAAUGUAUUUGUCCAAAAGUAUCCAUUGUUACUAAUAAUACUGAAAUAGUUGAUGGAAAACGCAUAAGAUAUGUAGCUAAUGUGCCCCCAAAUAAAUGCAAUUGUAUGGAUGUAGUUAUACCAAAAAUUGCAAACCAACUGAAUGGUAAAGAAGGUGAAUUUUGUCCAAGAUGUGAAUGUAAAUAUGAGAAUCGAAACACUACUAUCAUAAAAGUAGUUGUCAUAAUUGUAAUAUGGAUUAUAGCAGCUCUAGUUGUAUAUAUGGCAUUUUUGAUUGUACUUGAUCCACUUUUGAAUAAAAGGAAGAAGGGUAGUUAUCAGGAACAUACAAAUGAAGAGAGGAGGAGACAUUAUAGACAAUCACGAUCAAACAAUGAUGAUGAACUUCUUAACCUUCUGGAUAGUUCUGAUCAUGAUGAAAUAAUUGAGAAUGAAGAUACCAUGGAAAUGGUGUAUCUACCUUUAGAAGUAAAUUCAGACGAUGACGAAAGCAAUGUAGAUUUGCUUGAUAUAAGAGAUACAAUGAGUAAAAAGGAUACUGUAAAUAGAAGUUUUUCACAAAACAAGAUGCAAAUAUUAGUUCAUCGAGAUAAUCCCAUUAGUGAAUACGAAAAUUUUCUGAUAGGUGUAAAAAAUGCUGAAGAACAAUACGGCCUUAAAACAAUCUGAGUUUGUUGAUAGUGAGGAAAAUGUUCUACUUAAAUGUACAGAAUAAAUGCAACGAACUAAAAUAAAUUCAAUAUAUACAUGCCUAGGAGUAAGAUAUGAAUGUUCAGUUUACUAUAUAUUUUCUCUUUUUGUCAUUAUAAAUUUGAUUGAAAUAUAUAUUUUCCUGUUUAA